AUGGCGGUUCUAUCUUGGUCCUGCUCCCCCGACCUGGAACAUCUGGCAGUCAAGUGCCAUCUGUCCUACCUGCCGAGGGAUUUCCCUACUGUCAUCGUGGUAACAGUGUACAUUUCACCCCUGGCAUGUGUCAAGCUGGUACUGAAGGAGGAUUCUGAAUCCUUGGAUACUUGUAUUCAGAAUACUCUAUCAACACUCUAUCCCCCCUUCGAAGCAACAGCAUCCACUGUUCUCUGUCAGGUGUUUGAUGUAGUGGAGAAAACAUACUGUGGUGAUGGAUUGUGCUACCUUAUUGAUUUCCUUGUCCCUGCUAAACACAUUCUGCAGUGCAUUCAGCAGGACGCUUGUUUUCAAUAUUGUGGAUUACUAUUCCGUUAUGAAGGCUGGCCUUUAUGCAUCUCAGAAAAAAUUGUAAUACAGCUCUCUGCACUUGACUGGCAAACUUUACAGCCUGGUGAUUUCUACCUUCAAGUUGUUCCACACUUGAAAAAAGCACCGCGUAUUAUAUUAAAAUGCCUUGCAACGAAUGGCUACAAUGUAGAGGAAGUAUUAAUUCCAGAAGUCUCUUAUACUUCUAUCUUCACAAUGGAAUGGUUGGACAAUAUUAACAAAAGACGGAUGGGAACAGCUUUGCAAAAUUGCCUGUUAUCUACUGACAGCACCAUCUUUCGAGUACCUUGGGAAAAGGUGGUAAAUCCAGAAUUUAUUGAUAAACCAAAAAUGAUUGGAAGCACAUCACCAGUAAACUGGAUUGUGGAUGAAGAAGUUGUUGGCAGUAAUCCCAACAAUAUACAAAUCAGCAAUUACAGUGGACAAGCAGAAAACCCAUCUGAAACAAAUCAAAAUAUAUUUACAAAAGAAAAUGAACUGAAGGCCCAACAAAUUAAUCUCACAAGGGUUUUACAUCAUUCCUUAAGUAAUGUUGCAGAUUGUUUAGUUAAUUCAACAGCAGCUUCUUUAAAAGAACUUGAAGGGGAAUAUGUAGAAAUUUCAGUAAGUGAAAGUGAUUUGUCAUCACAGACAAGCAGUUUAAGUUCAAAAUUGCAACAUGCAUCAAGGACUAAUGGGACAUCAGAAGUGACCCCUUUGGAACCCUUGAAUAUCCGCACUCGUAAUAAGGAAUCAAUUUGUUUAAAUUACAUGGAAACAUCUUCAAAGGUAACUUGGCCCAAUUUAGAAAGGAUACACAAUCCAUUUAAUUUUCUCCUUGGUGACAGUGAGGCACUGGAGCAUCAGUCACUUGCAGAUACUAUGGAAAAGAGAGUGCCAUUUCAUAAGACUUGUAAUAAUGAUAAAAAUAAAGAACUCACAAAAUUAGAACUUUCUUCGCCAAUGGAAACUGAUCUUCACCAGAACAAAAUGCAACAGGAGUUUAAUUUUUGCUGUGAAAAUAUGCAUAUGUUAUUUAGUCAGACCACAAAUACCACAGAGGAAAAUUUAAACAGCCGACUUUUAGAAUCAGCUGUCUGUAGCCAGACACAGACUUCUGCUCAAGAUUCACAAGAUGGACAUGUUCAUGGCUCUUCUGGUGCAGUGGAAAAUGCUCACUGGAAAUACUCACAGGUUGCUGAACAGGAUGGCCCUUCAACAGUAUUUACUAAUUCUGAUGAACUUUUAAAUCGGUUGAUUGACUGUAAUGUAGCUAACACUGGAGAACAUGUAAAUAUUGCUAUCAGCACACCACCUGAGCAACCUUCAGCUAAAAACUUAGAACAGAAAAAGGCACUGACCCAGCAGUCAGAGUCAUCAGGGCAUGGACAGUUUAAUGGUCAGAAUAUAUUCCAAAAACUACAAUCUAUUAAAAAUACAAAUCAACCAACAGAAUAUUUUGUUCAUGCAUGUGCUAAUACACAAUUAGAUGGCUGUAGAAUCUCUUCGUCCCAGUUCUUAAAUUCUGAAGGCACUAUUGACUUGAAUUUGCGUGAAGAUUUUGCACUUGUUGAAAAUACAGGUUCUUCAAAGGACAACAGAAAACAUAAUGUGGUGAAAGCUGAUCACUUGACUAAAGAUGUUGAAUCUCCGAUUUCCCAACUGGUUGAUGGCACAGACAUUACAUUAAUAAAUGAAGAAAUGAAAUCAACAUUUGCUAACUAUUUGCAGCCAUAUUUGUCAGAGCACACUAAGUGUACAGAACCACAUGGAUCAGAAUGUAUGACGCAUUUAGAGAGAGAUCAUGUAUCUCAGACAGAGGAAAAUGUACAAUUGCACAAAAGUUCUGUUGUAAAAGAAAGAACUAAUCAGCAGUUUCAAGUUGAUGCAUUACAUCAGGCGUCCGAACAUGUGGAACAUGGAAAUGUAAAUUACUUACAGAGUGAAUUCUGCAAACAAAAACACGUUGACGGUGAAGAUUUGAACUUUUCAGACAGCUGUAAUAUAAUGUUACUUGAAGAAGAACAACAAGCACAAGAGAAUAGAAACCUCUCCUUACAAGCCUUGGAAAAUGAGACCACUGUGCAGAAUACUUUGGAAUUCAAUGUUGAAAAGGAAGGUGAAUGUAAGCAAUAUUCUACUGUUGAAGAGUACUGGUCAAAUGUGAAAACAAUUGAGUCUAGUAUUGCUCACACAAGUAUGAUGGGCAUUGAAGAACAUGAAUCGACUUCUGCGAAUGAAGACAGAGAUGAAAAACUACAAUUUGCCAAUAAAGCCCAAAAGCAAGAUUCAAUCAAGCACUGUGCUCCAUCAGAAAAGGAAUCAUCAGAGGAUGUUGAAGAACAAGGAGACUGUUUAAUUGACAAUAAACUGAAAGGAAUUGGCUCAGUAGCAAAUGAGACAUUGGAUACAGCAAAAGGAAGUGUGGAAGAAGAACAGCUCAACCUAACAGAUGAACCACCAAAAAUCUCUCUAAUUACACAGUGCAUUGUGAACAGGCAAGAACUGCUGACAGUUAAACAACAGGAGAUUUCACCUCCCUUACUCCUAAAAUCUUAUCUACCAACGCUGUGCAAUGAAAUCAACUUUGAUGUUCUGAAAUCUGGGGUAGCAUAUUUGAGCGGUGCCAGAGACAGAUCUGGCCAUGCAGUGGUAAUAGUAACAACAAGGAACACAAUAUGGUUGAAUCCACAUUGCAAUGUCCCUGAACUUGUGCGUCUCCUUAUCUACUUUUAUAGUAUUCCCAGGCAAGAAGUCCAGAGUGCAGGACUAACUAUUCUGGUGGAUGCCCGGCGUUGUUCUCCUGUGCCAGCAUUAUUUAAAGCUUUCAAUAUUCUGCAGGACACAAUUCCUAACUCUGUCCAUAUUGUUUUGCUGCUAGUUGAAAGAGACCUUGCAUUCCGUUUUGAGAAACCAACUUCCAUGCAGUUUGAACUUCUUACUUCAUUGAAGUCACUACAUAAACACAUAGAAAGCAAUCAGCUGCCACCAGAAUUUGAUGGAACUUUCCCCUACUGUCACAGUAACUGGAUUUGCUUUCGCAUGAAACUGGAACAGCUUAUGCAGGGAUGUAAAGGUGCAAAUAGUUUCAUCCAGAGCAACAUUAUGAGCCUGAGAUCAAGUAAACUUCCAGAAACUACUGAGGAGGCCAGAGUUCUUUUGCAGGAGUAUAAGCAACUAAUGAAGAAUGUACUGGAAGAUGCAAGUUUAGUUAAAUUGCAGCUUGAAGGAGGAGUGAUCCUUGCCAGACUAAGAAAAGAGGAGUCGUAUAUCCCUGGAACAGGAAUGUUCAGAGAUACAACUGAAACUGUUACAGAAUUGUAUAACAAAGUGGAUGAGGGAAUCCAUCAGCUGGUUAUGUUAUCUAAUAAGCGCAUUCAGGAAUUAGAGUUUCUGAUGGAGUUCAAAAAAUAUGAAGGAGAGUUUAAGGAGGUGAGUAGCUGGAUUGAGCAGGUCGGAGAGAAGCAACUGGAGAGGAGUGAUCAAUUGGAGGAUUCACUGGAUUUGUUGCAAAGCUCACAGGAAGAGUUCAAGAACUUUUACAAUAUUGCCCAGAGGUAUUGUAGGAAAGGCAAGGAUCUCUUGAAGAAGCUGGAACAGUGGCAUGACUUUAAGUCGUCAGAAUUGCAUGCUUUUGAAGGCAAGCUGCAGGCAUACAAAAAACAAUUUGGAGAAUUUGUAAAGAACCUGGAUGAAAGCAAACUGAAGAUUGACAAGACUUUAUCAUUAUAUGAAUUUUUUGAUAAGGCUUAUGAGUGGGCUCUACAAGGUAUGCGGCACCUUGCAUGCAUCAGUAUGGAUGACUGCUGUUCGCCAGAACGUUGUGGACCUAUUGCAAAAUAUCUGGAAAAUCAUCAUUGUCAACAUCCUGAAAUUCCAGAUGCAAAGUUUCAAGAAAUGAAACAAUUGGCAUGUGAAUUAAAAAAUGAGAAGGGGAUGAAACAGUGGAAGUUUGCUUGGUCCAAAUGCCAAGAGACAAAGCUCAUCUUUGAAAAAAAACUAGAAGCUGCAUUGCGGACCAGAAAGUCAUUGCCAUCAGAUCAUAAGCUUCCUGAAUUUGAAAGUAUGAGAAAUGAGAAUUUAAGUGUAGAACCCAGGAGGCAUUCAGAUGGUAUUGAGCUAAAAUUACAAUGUGAACGAGGUUCUGCAGGUUCAAACAAUAGUGUUUAUUCUCCAAGCAAUAGAUCAACACAUUGUGGUCUGUGGAAGAAAGACAAAUUCUUAACACAAUCAUCAGACAUUUGUUAUGGGACCAUAAAUAAUGAAGUUUCUGUACCUGAAACUAUUCCCAGCAAAAAUUCUACUGCUUGUUACCAGGACUUUGAUCAAGUGGGAGGAGGAAGAGUUUGUGCCUCUGUUCAUAUGUCAACACCAGAGGCUUGCAAACAUCUGCAGAGUACGUUUGAUAAAGAAGCCAACUGUGAAAGCAAUGUUAACUUUUCUCACACAAAAUCUAGAUGCUCUUCAGUGCCAGAGUACCAGAAUCAACAUCAGAAAAAACUACUGCGGAAAGCACAGAGUUUUGACUGUUCACCUAAUGAGACUUUCAGGUACAAUUCAUGUCAAAGAACUUCUCUUGAACCUGCAAGGCAUGGAAACACGGGAGUGUUCAUUAAAGGGCUUGAAGUGAGCAGCACUGAACUUAAUGAUAGACCUUGUAUCUCUAGACAGCAACCAUUGUUCAUUUGGACUGAAAACCAAGCAGAAGGUCACAGAAGUUAUAUUCCCUUACCGGAGGCCAAGGCUAAGGUUAGUAAACUUAGACACAUCAUUGAUGAGAUGGUUGCAACAGAACGCGAGUAUGUUAAAUCUCUCAGGUACAUCAUUGAUAAUUACUACCCAGAGAUGGAGCGUUUUGAUCUUCCUCAGGAUCUGCGAGGGAAACGCAGUGUUAUCUUUGGAAACCUAGAGAAGGUUUACAAUUUCCACAGCCAGUAUUUCCUGAAAGAACUGGAAAGUUGUACUAAUCAUCCAUUACGUGCCAGCCACUGCUUCCUCAGACAUCAAGACCAGUUUCGCAUGUAUGCAUUGUACAGCAAGAACAAACCAAAAUCUGAUGCUCUGCUUGCCAGCCAUGGGAACACAUUUUUCAGGUACAAGCAACUACAACUAGGUGAUAAGAUGAAUCUGGCUUCCUACCUGCUGAAACCCAUCCAGCGAAUGAGCAAAUAUGCCCUUUUACUGAAGGACUUGAUCAAGGAAUGCAGUGAGCUUCAGGAACAGGAGCUGAACAAUCUCAGAGCAGCAGAAGAGAUGGUUAAAUUUCAGCUUCAGCACGGCAAUGAUUUGUUGGCUAUGGAUGCUAUUAGGGAUUGUGAUGUGAACUUGAAGGAGCAAGGACAGUUGGUUCGCCAAGACGAAUUCAUCAUCUGGUCUGGCCGCAAGAAGUACCUACGGCAUGUUUUUCUAUUUGAAGAUCUUAUUCUUUUCAGCAAACCUAAACGGAUUGAUGGUGGAUUUGAUGUCUAUAUCUACAAGCAUUCUUUCAAAACAGCAGAUAUUGGCUUGACUGAAACUAGUGGUGAAAGUGGAAUAAGAUUUGAAAUCUGGUUUCGUCGUCGGAAAACAAGUGAUACCUAUGUUCUUCAGGCAAGUUCACAAGAAGUUAAACAGGCCUGGACAAAAGAUAUAACAAGCAUCCUAUGGCAACAAGCUACCAGAAAUAAAGAGGUCCGAAUGCAGGAAAUGGUGUCAAUGGGAAUUGGUAACAAGCCGUUCUUGGACAUCAAACCAAGUGAGGCUGCGAUCAAUGAUCGCGCCAUUGAUUAUAUUAUGAAAGGCAGAGGAGCACGAACCAGGGCUUCAAUUGCAGUGUCAUUAUUUGACCACACAAAUCCAUUUAGAAGGCGACAGAAUAUUUCAAGUAAAGGCAGUCUUUCAGCUGGUGGCCCAUCCUCAUCUUCACUUCUGGGACCUCUUAACCUCCAUAUGUACACCAAUCAGGCAUUGCUGUCAGGGGUGAACAAUGUAAUGGCCAAUGAAAGACCAUUUGAUAUCAACAUCUACCCUGAGGAGGAUGAACUGGAACAUGAAACAAGCAGCCAACCUUCCAUGACAACCGAAAGCUCAGAGUCAUCUUUCCACUGCAUAUCUGGUAGUGGUUCAAGUGGGUCUGAUAGUGGCUGCGUCUUCAGUCUCCUUCCUGAAAAUCUGUCUGAAGAGACAGGAUCUCCUUCUGAUGUAUCUGCCUCGUAUUCUUUCCUGGAAUCUAAGCACAGUUCUUUUACUCCUUCUCCAAAGGAAGAUAAACCUCGAUUCUCAAAUAGCCAAUAUAUUUCAGCGAAAUCAGAUCAAAUUACCAUUAGUCCAUCCACAAUGGUGUAAGAGUUGUGCUCCACAUCCUGCCUUGUCAAAAUUUGAUACAGGUCUGACAUGUUCUAUAAUUGGAAGGCAAAGGUAACCUCAAACAACUGAAGAGCAGCUUUCCUUUUCCAGUAUACAGGAGUCUGAAAUGGAACAUGAUCUGGUACCCCUUAGAAACUAAUGUAAAUUGUGUGUAAUGACUGAACUAUGGUAGCUUGGAACAGGAUGCCUUGAAUUUCAGCUUUGCUUUUCAAGAUUGUUUGUCAAACUUGACAAACAAUGUAACCUUAAUGCAUGACCUAAAUUAUACAGUUAGAGGGAUAUUGUGUAAACUUUUGAUUUUUUGGAUCCAUUUGAUAAAAGUUCAUUAGAUGAACAAUUUACUUUGAGUACUGUUAGCUAUUUCUAGUGUUUUGCAUAAGCUGUUUGUAGACAUUUAGUGGAAUACUAAAAACCUGUUUGUUAAAUAAUGGUUGCUUUUUACACAGGCUUAAAGGAUUUAGAUAGGUAGCCAAUUGACCAACAUUAAUAAUAAAAUGAAAGUGAGAUCUUUGUAGCACCUGUUUAAUGGUUUAACAAGUAAUAGUUUCUGUUAAUUUGUAAAUAUUGCACUUAGCCCAAAUGCUGUUUUUGGUUUUGAGUUGGGAGGGAGGAAUAAAAGCGUUCUAAUUACCAGCAAAACAGGGAAAUCACGAAAGUGCCAUUGGUUAUUACUUAAAUAUGAUAGAAAGUAACUGAGUUAAUUUACUGGUAAGAAUGUACAUGUGUUGAGAAUAUACUUUUGCAUUUGUUUAUUAAAUAUUGAAAAUACCUGUGAAAUGGCUUUGAUUUUAAAUUGUUUAAACUUUAUUCAUGUCACAAUGAGCAAU